AUGUCUUCCGACUUCAUUCUUUACAAUUACACUCCGUCAUUAGCGGCUGCAGUUGUCUUCGUUGUCCUAUUUCUUAUUGCGACCUUUGGCCAUGCCUUUCUCGCCUUUCGACACAAUCUCAAAUUCUUGAUUGCAUUCAUCGUUGGUGGUUUCUUCGAGGUCGUUGGCUACGUCGCACGAGCAGUGAACGCAAACCAAGCACCAAGUUAUUCGACGAUACCGUACGCCCUGCAGAGCCUUUUCAUUCUCCUGGGACCAUCACUGUUUGCGGCAUCUAUAUAUAUGAUUCUUGGUCGUAUCAUCCGUUUAGUUGAAGGCGACUCAAAUUCUCUAAUCCGCGCAUCACGAUUAACAAAGAUAUUUGUUUGUGGCGAUGUGAUAUCCUUCCUUAUCCAAAGUGGCGGUGGUGGCCUCAUGUCUAGCGCUAAAUCCGCUAGUAGCCUGAAGCUCGGCGAGGAUGUCAUUAUUGUCGGCUUAAUCGUUCAAAUCAUCUUCUUCGGUUUCUUCGUCAUCGUCUCGAUUAUAUUUCAUACGAGAAUGAGGGAUCGUCCUACCUCGGCAUCUAUGCGUUGUGGGGUCAACUGGCAACAAUAUAUGUGUGUCCUAUACUUUGCCAGCGUCUUGAUCAUGAUUCGUUGUCUUUAUCGAGUGAUUGAGUAUAUCCAAGGCUCAGCUGGCGUUCUGCAAAGCCACGAGUACUACGCCUAUAUAUUCGAUACAACACUCAUGUUUCUGGUUAUGUUGAUAUUUUUGGUCAUGCACCCCAGCAAAAUUUUAGCAACGGGGCUCAAGAGGUUGGAUGACACGGAACUAAUUUACAGGCCUGUGUAA